UGCACGGAUGUAAACCCUCCUGCUGUCUCCAAGUGAACGCACAGAUGACGAGAGGACGCUGGGCUGGUGGAUAGAGGAGCUCCACACACACAGCUCCACACACCACAGUGUCAUCUCUGCUGGAGCCAUGGACGCGCUGCAGGCGGAGCAUGCUGGAGAAAACCCGGAGGAGAAGUACCGCGCUCUGGCCUAUGACACGGCUCUGAGCACCCUGGUGGCGGUGGCCGUGUACGUGGUGGUGAAGGUGAGCCUGGACGGCCUCAGGACGUGGCGAGCCCGGAUCUCGGUGCUCGUCGUGGGCUCGGGACCCGUGGGGCUGGCGGCCGCGCUGGUCGCUGUCCGCUCCGGGAAGGUGCUGAAACUCACCGUGCUGGACGAGCGGUACCGCAGCGCGCUGCUGUGCCGGCCCCAGCAGAUCGCGCUGGAUCCCCGGAGCGUGAAGUUCCUGCUGGGACUCGGGGUGGACUUUGACAACAUGGAGGGCUGCUGGCACGACGAGCACUUCUUCACCAGGAUAGGCGUGUUCCAGGAGUACCUGCUGAGCAUCCUGGAGCAGAAGAAACAGAAGGUGGAGGUGAAGGUGCAGCUGGGAACCAAGUUCAGUGAGGAAUACCUGCGCCGCAUCCCUCAGACUGACUGGCCGAGUGUGAUCGUGGUGGCUGACGGGUCGUGCGGUGACUCCUGUUCGGUGCUGGGCAUCAGCUCCGACUACACCGUGGAUUCCUGCCAUGCCUAUGGAGCUAAUGCAACAAUAGAGAGACUAGACCAGAGACAGGUCCCCACUCCUGAGAUCCGUGCCCACAGUCUCUACUUUGACCUGUCAGCUUACGGAGUGGAGGCCCUCCGAGAGCACCGGAACCCCACCGCCAAGCCCGGCUUUCACCUGAAGAUCUACGGCACCUUCAGAAACCGCUACAUGGCCCUCGUCUGCCCCACAUCGGACACCAAGAUGGUUCGCUUCCUCAGGCACACGGCCAACUCUUCAAUCAUGAAGAACAUUUUCCACCAGUCCUUCAACGCCUACAAGACGGACAUCGAGCCUCGUCUCAGCGAUGUGACGCACCAGCACAUGCAGUGCAGCCGCCGGCUCUUUGAGAUCCAGCUGUCACACAGACGCAUCAGCGCUGCUUACAUCGAGGGGGACAACGUGGCGGUCACUGUGGAGGGGGAGGCGGCACGAGUCCUCAACUUCGACACAGGUUGUGGGGUAAAUCUAGGUAUGCGUGGUCUGGAGUCUAUGGCGUCGUUCAUUUACAAAACAGCCACCGCCGUGGACCAGAACGAUAUUCUCGAAGCGCUGUCGGCGAAGAUGCAGCACUCCAGACAAGUGGCUGAGACCUUCAGGCAGACGGGCCUGGCUGAAUCAAUGUAUGAAUCCUGGUGAAUGCAUAACAGCAACUAGUGGAAAGUGCUGGUGGAUCAUCGAUGUUUACAAACGAAUGUUUACAUGAAUCACGAGUCUGAAGCUGGAAUGAACCACUAAUGGUUUCCCGCUGAAUGGAGCUGAAUGAGCAGUGAACAGCUGGAUAAUGGAUGUAAACGUGGCCAUAAGUCUUUGUGACGUUCAGUGAAUAGAUCUGCUCUUAAGGGAGAAUAGAUAUGGCUUCAUUUUUCCAUAUGUGCUCUUCUGAUUUUCAGCUUACAAAGCUUGAUAAUACAGGAAGAGAUGUAUAAACUCUAACAGCUGCAGUGAAACACUAACGGCUGCUUUGAGUUUUAAUGCACUGGAUUUGUCUGUAAAGUGUUCGACUAGUGGGAAUGUGGAAACUCUGUGCUCUUCAUUAUAUUCACUACUGUCAUCUUCUUCUUUUAUGAGGGAGAGAAGUGACUGGAUUUUUCAGAACUGGUUCAAUUUGCUCAGUGGACAAUAAGGGAACACGUGUGUGGAGUCAUAUGACGUGAGGAUGCAGCUGCUCCAGAGUUAUAUCACCGAGCCUUUUGUCUUUUUGUUUGUUCGACAAUGUGCUGAUAAUCGCGGUUAUUAUGUUGUGAGUCAUUUGCUGUAGUGGCUUAUUUUCUGUGCAACUUUUAUAAAUGAAGAUUUCAAAAAUAAGGGACUGGAACAAUAUUAUGGAGAAACUGUAUUAUUAUAGAUGUAUAUUAAUUAUUCAAAUUUUCACUUUUCUUGUAAUAAUUUUCUCAAGGGGAUCUGAAAGGACAUUAGAAUGACCCAUUUUUAAGUAUAUUAUUUCAGAUGAAGGAGACUGUGCUGACGACAAUGUCCUGCUCCUUUUGAAGUGCCAAUAAAGAUGAACACAUCGAUUUAAUAAGAAUGAUAUGGAUCUUUACACGAAACCCCUUUCAUUGGGUUAGUCUUAGAUAAUAUUUAAUAAGUAUCUGAUAUCAAAGUUAAA